AUGGGUCCCAAAAAACUCUCCGGUUCCCAAAAUCGAAAACGUAAGGUGCUUAUGAAUUUAGAGGACCAGAAGAGUGCAGGGGCUUUAAAAAAGUUCUUGGGAAGAUCAGCACAUAGUGCUUCCGAAGCAACUGAAGAAGAAAAACUAGAUGACGUUAGCUGCAGCAGUCAAGCUGAUGAUGUCCAUCUUGAGAAGAAUGAACCUUCAACAUCAAGUUCAUGUCUACAAGAUCUGGAUUCAAGUGCUCUCUCUAACCCACUGUCUUCUAAUAGUCCCCCUGACUCAGUGUCUUCUGAGAAAACAUCUGAAAGUCUAUCAGAUCCUGCUUUAUGGCCGAAAUUAAUUUCCAAGAAUGUUGACCGUAUUUUGGAAUUUGGCCCUGUGCAGGUGACAAAUAUGGAGUUUAAAAAAGAUGUUCAUAAUCGCCACUUCUCUGCUACAUUCUAUAAGCGAAAGUUAGAAAGUGGAGAAGAGCAGACAAGGCGAUGGCUGGUGUACUCUCCAUUUGCAAAUAAAGCUUUUUGUUUUUCUUGCAAGUUAUUUGACUGGAAUGCAAAAAGUUCUUUGGCUUCAGGAGGGUCAGAAGACUGGAGACAUAUGGCAAAUAUUCUCAAAUCUCAUGAAACCUCCAGCAGUCACUUUUUAGCUCAACAGAUGUGGAUGGAAACACAACUGAGAUUGAAGUCCAAAAGUGCAAUUGAUCACAAUUUACAAUCUCUUAUGAGCCAAGAAAGAAAACAUUGGAGAUCAGUAAUGGAGAGGCUACUAAACAUUGUUCACUUUUUAACUGAGCGUAACUUGGCAUUUAGAGGAUCUUCAGAUCGUUUGUUUACACCCCAUAAUGGCAAUUUUCUUGGGCUUGUGGAAUUACUGGGAAAAUAUGACAAUGUGAUGGCAGAGCACUUACGCCGUGUGGCCUCAAAGGAGACAGCAGACCACUACUGUGGAAAAACAAUUCAAAAUGAAAUAAUAAACCUAAUGGCAAAACAGGUACUUGAGGACAUUUUGGAACGUUGUAGAAAAGCAAAAUAUUACUCAAUAAUCCUGGAUUGCACCCCAGAUAUUAGCCACAAGGAACAGAUGUCAUUUACAGUUAGAUUUUUGGAUAACAGCACUGGGGAUUUGAAAGUAAAAGAACAUUUUAUUGGGUUUCAAACAGUAGAUGACACAACUGGAAAGGGACUGGCUGACUUCCUCCUUCAAUUUCUAUCUGAAAAAAAACUGGAUAUUGAUAAUUGCUGUGGACAAGGGUACGAUAAUGGGGCAAAUAUGGCAGGAAAAAACAGUGGUGUCCAGUCAAGAGUUUUAAGUAUUAACCCAAGAGCCAUAUUUGUACCAUGUGGAUGUCAUUGCCUUAAUCUCGUCAUUGGUGAUGCAGCACGGUCAGGCAAGGAAUCACUAGAGCUGUUUGGAGUAAUUCAACGCAUUUAUGUUUUAUUCUCUGCAUCUGUAAAGAGGUGGAAGAUUUUGACAGACCAUGUAUCUGGCCUCACGUUAAAGCCUCUAUGCACUACACGGUGGGAAUGUCGGAUCAACUGCCUUAAACCUUUCAGGCAUAAUCUUGUUGAGAUACAGGAUGCAUUGAUUGCAUUGUCAGAGGAAGAACACGCAGAACCAAGUGUCUGUCACGAAGCUCUGACAUUGUCUCAGCAGGUUGGCAAUUUCAAAUGUAUUAUGGCAUUAUGUGUUUGGUAUGAGAUAUUGUACCAAGUCAAUAUUGUCAGUAAGGCAAUGCAGCGCGAAACAGCGGACUUGAUUUUGGUUACAGAGUUAAUAGACAAAUGUAAACACUUUGUUCAAAUCUUCAGAGACACUGGAUUUGAAAGUGCAUUCCUUAUUGCAAAGGAAAUAGCGCAAAAGCUUGAAGUUGAGCCUGUUUUUUUAUCAUCUGCUCGCAUUCGAAGGAAGAAGGCUUUAUUCAAUUAUGAGGGGAAAGAUGAACCUUUAACUAAUCCAAAGGAGAGAUUUAAAAUUGAAUUCUUCUAUGCUUUAGUGGAUACAACAAUUAUGUCAUUGGAUGAGCGUUUUGACCAGUUGAAAAAUCAUACCAAGGUUUGGGGAUUCCUGUAUACCAUAAAGUGUCUCCCAGCAAGGGAAAAUUUGACGGAAUGCUGCUUGAUGUUACAGAAGGCUUUAGAGAAAGACAGCCAAUCUCUUAUCAGUGGAAUCGACUUAGCAGAGGAGCUUUGGCACAUUCAAGGCCUUAUUCCCCAAGAAUCAACAACGCCACUGAAUGUACUUAACUUCAUUGUUAAGAAUAGACUCACUGACACAUUCCCAAACAUCUGGAUUGCACUACGCAUACUACUGACAAUCCCUGUUUCUGUGGCAUCGGGAGAACGCAGCUUUUCUAAAUUAAAGCUGAUUAAAACUUACCUCAGAUCCUCUAUGAGUGAUGAACGACUAACAUCGUUAUCAGUGCUGUCCAUUGAAAAUGACGUUUUCAAAACAUUGGAUCUUAACAGCACCAUUGAUGAAUUUGCAAAGGCAAAAGCACGUAAAGUUGUGUUUUGA